AAUUAGCUUUCAGUUUUCUCAAUGUGAAGCACGAACAGUACCCAAUCCUGAUUUCCCUCCAGAAUGCCGAGUUGGAGAAGCAAACCUUUACGAUCCUUCUUUGUCCAUGGAAGUACCUUGGUUCAAUGUUGAUCUCGAUGCUCCUGCAAAGGAAAGAUUUAAACAUGUUGUGAGGCCAUUCAAGAACGAAAUCCAAGCAGUUUUUGAUGUUUUGGGAGGUAUAGCAGAUGAAUUGGGGUGUAACCUUGGCCAACUGGCAUUUCUCAACAUUUUCUACGAAUUAUCCCGCUUCUGCACCUCCAUAGUCGCUCAACCAACUGGAAAUAAAGAUAUGUGGCACGCAAGAGGAGGAGAAAUUCCAGGAAUGAAGCCAAAUGGAUUUUCGCUCUCGAUGAACGCUAAAGUUCAGCCGGACAUCAAAAACAUCAUUGCAUGGUUAAAUGGCGAUCGACCUGACAUCGAGUUUGCUAUGUAUUUUGAUAGAAAAGUAUUCGAGGAAGCAAACACUUUCGACGAAGCCCGACAACUCAUCUACAAAGUUCCAAUGCUAUCUGGAGCAUAUUUCAUUCUUGGAGGAAAUAAGCCAGGACAAGGAUCCGUGAUUGUAAGAAAUACUACGGAUGUUCAAUUCGAGCGCAAACUUUUCGAUGGAGAUAAUGAUUGGUUUGUACUCCAGACAAACUAUGAUCCGGACAAGUUACUUUUAGAAAUUAGCUUGACACCAGCAUGGAUUUUCCAGGUACUAAAAUCGCGACCACUUCUGAACAAGACAACAGUUCAUACUGUCAUCAUGUCCGUCACAAAGGACGUCUACCAGACGUUCAUCCAAUCCUGCCCCAAUCCUUGCUGGGCAUUUUAG